UCUCUUCUCUCCGAACUCCAAAGCAAAACCCUGAAACCCGACUUAGAGCAAUCCAAACAUCAACCCAAAGAUGUCUUCCUCCAAGCUUAGAAGCUCCUUUUCAUUCCCAAGUCUCCUUCUCUCCUGCUUGAACUUUGCUCUCUUUAUCCUUUCCGCAACCUCUCUUGCUCCCAUUAUUCUCCUCAAAAUGCCUCCAACCUCUUUGGGUUUAGCAUUCCUGAUGGUCUCCUGCAUCUCCCUUCUCUCCUCCUUCGUGGGCUUCUACUCUCAGCUCUCCCACUUCUGCUUCAUAACCCAUGUUUCACUUCUCAUCGCCUCGUUGAUUGGGCAAGUUCUCAGCAUAUUGGCCUUAUUUACAAGAGAGAGAUCUAGUCUUUCAAUGCUAAAGUCCCCGCGGGACCCAAAAGAGGCAAAGCUAUUGGUGAGAGUGGAAUGUGGGAUUUUCAUGGCAAUGUUGCUAAUGCAGCUGGUGGUGUUAGCGCUGACCUGCACGGUCCAUACCUGCUGGGUGCGAGAAUACGAGGGAUUAGAAGCCGAGAGAGAGGCAACAGCCAAGAAAAGGAGCAGAAGGAUAGCAAGAGUGCAAGAGGAAUCCAUGGCAAGUGCAGCAAAAAUUGCUGAGAUUAAAGCCAAGGAGUUUGAUGAGAAGAUGAAGAGCAAGUACUGUCACUGGGUGAAAACCGAUUUUGAAGGCUAAAAAAAACAUCUAGUCAAUAAUCAUUGUUGAUUAUUUCGUUUCCUCCUUGGGGGUCACUACUGUAGUGGCCACUGUAUUUGUAUCGCAGGCCCUAUGUCUUAUCACCAUGGUUUUUUCUGUGUAAUUUACAACUAUAUAACAGUCGCUAGUUUGCAUCAAAAA